AUCUUCAUCUCAUCAAGUCAUCACAAACAUAGCCUCAUCAUCUCCCUCCAAUAGUUUGAUUAGCUAGCUAGAUAGAAUCCAAUGGCGUCCCUGAACAUCUACUCCUUGGUGUUGCUGGUGGUGGUUACAGUGGCCUUGGCGCCAAUGGCAGCCGUGGCCGGCGACCCGGACAUCCUGACCGACUUUGUCCCCCCUCCAGCGCUCGGCGGGCCAGUAAACAUCACCGGCGACUACUUCACUUUCACCGGUUUCCGGGCAACCGUGCCAGCGCCGUCGGCGCCGACAGCCUUUGCGAUCUCCAAGGCCUCCAUGGCGGAGUUCCCAGCGCUCAACGGACAGAGUGUGUCGUACGCCAGGCUCACAUUCCCCGCGGGCACCGUGAACCCGACCCACACCCACCCGCGUGCCUCCGAGCUGCUCCUUGUCAUCGACGGUGCGCUCUCUGUCGGCUUCAUUGACACCACCGGCAAGCUCUACACCAAGGACCUCAUUGCCGGUGACAUGUUUGUCUUCCCCAAGGGCCUCGUGCACUACCAGUCCAACCAGGGACCCAACCUCGCCGUCGCGCUGUCAGGAUUUGGGAGCGCCUCCGCCGGCACUGUGUCCGUGCCGGUCACCGUGUUUGGCACUGGAAUCGACGACGUCGUGCUCGCCAAGUCAUUCAAGACCGAUGUGGCCACCGUGCAGAAACUCAAGGCAGCCCUCACACCGCCAAAGAAGAAUUGAUAAUUCAUUGGCUCGUAUCCUAUGGUCGGUGCCGUUGCCAUGUUGGCGAUUUGCCAUGUCGUGUUUCGAUAUUGUUGUUCUUUUUGAAAUAACCUGCCUACCUGCCUAAAGGAUGGAAACCAAACUUUGUUGAGUUAUAUACCAAUGAAUCAUCAUCUUUAUUUGCUUUAA